GCUUAUUGUUAUCUCAUACUUACACGAGUGCUCCAGUCGAUAACCUAGUCAAUACACUUUCUUGUUCGCCGGGGAUGUGAUGUUCGAUCGUUAUUGUUAUUGUCAGCUAAUUCUAUAGUAGGCCAAAAUUUUGUUUCGACCGCACAUUGGUUGAACGGACAUGUAUUGAGGACCUAUAUACAGGACAAAUAGUGCUAAGUUGAAAGCUGUGUUUUAACCCAAAGGUAGCGAAAUCGCCGAGACGAAAAACCAGAGGCUAACAUAUGUGUUCAGUAAACGUUUGUCAUCUCAAAGGAGGCUGCAAACUUCAGUAAAGAAGAACAGACGGCAAGUGGUGGAGAAAGCAAGGUAAAUUCAACUGUGUGUGAACGGAUUUACCCAUCCAAAAAAAUGUUUCUUGCGAGUAAGGUGAGGCGCAUCAGCAGUCGAUUAUCCUUGGGGUCACCAUGGACAUCUAUUUUCUGGAUAGGCCUUACAAUUGUUUUGCUCUUUAUCAUCCAGUACCAAGUGUAUCAGAGAUGGAUACACGCAGGGAUACACGACACAGCUGCCAACUCAGAACCAGAUCCAGCAGACACAAGUUCAGCUGACAAUAACAUAUCUGUUUUACGCAAUCCAGACAAAACUGCUAUGUUUGCUUCCGUGAGAACUGACGUGGUGGGUUUAGAGAAACCAGGGAGUUGGAAUGGACCAAACAUUUCGGACCCAUCGGUUGCAGCAAAGAAGCUCUUUGUUGAGGGGAAAUGGGAUUCAUCCUUUGUUUCUCCCUAUCAUAAGCACUAUUCUUCCAUUAACUGCGCAGCAAUUUUACGAGGAGAACGUCAGUCCAUUAAUAUGGCCACCAAGGUCUUGAAUGAAAAUCGUGGACAGAUACCCAGUGACUAUGACGUCAAGAACUGGACCAGUGACUGUGAGCGAUAUCGGAGUCUGCGAAAGUAUCCGACAUUGCCGAGGUCAAAGGAGGAGGCAGAGUUUCCAAUCGGGUACAUCAUAGUCACGCACUCGGAGUUGUCACAACUUGAGCGAUUGCUCCGUGCAGUGUACCAACCACAGAAUGUAUACUGCAUCCAUCCAGACGCCAAAUCACCUGCAUUAUUUCAGGUUGCUGUUCGAUCGCUGGCCGAAUGCUUGCCAAAUGUUUUCAUAGCCUCCAAGCCUGUCAGAGUGAACUAUGCACAUUCUAGUCGUCUUCAAGCAGAUGUCAACUGCAUGUCAGAUCUCCUAUUGCGGCCAGAACCCUGGAACUACGUCUUGAACCUCUGCGCCCAGGACUUCCCGCUUAAAACCAAUCUGGAGAUCAUCCACCAGUUGAAGGCUUUCCAAGGACAUAAUGACAUUCCUGGUGUCAUAGCACCAGACUGGUUUGAUCAUCGGACACGUGUGCACCAUGAAUUCCGCAACAAUAUGAUGAUAAAGAUGAAGGAUGUCAACAAGCCGCCUCCUCCACAGGACUUCAAGUUCUUCUUCGGCAAUGCCUACUAUGCUGCCAACCGGCAAUUUGCCCACUUUGUCAUUCACAACCAGACAGCCAUUGACUUGCUGAACUACAGUGAAGAUACUUUCAGUCCUGACGAGCACUACUGGGUGACCCUCCACAGGAUUCCGGGGGUUCCCGGAGGCUACACAAAUUCAACUUGGAACAGCACCGUUAGGUUUAUCCACUGGCAGAACACUUUCAAGACGCCAGAGUGUGUCGGCAGAUACGUCAGGAACAUCUGCAUCUUCGGAGCUGGAUACUUACAGCAUCUGGCCAUCGCUCCUCACCUCUUUGCCAACAAGUUCUACAUGUCGUUUGAUCCAAUCGCUAUGCAGUGCAUGGAACAAUUGCUGGAUUACAGGAGCACAUUUCCAGCAGCCAUCAAGGAUUACCUUCCGGGCUUCCCUGCUACCGACAUGUUUGGACUGUAAUGAUCUAUCGCCUUGAUU